AUGUUAGGAAAUUUAUUAGAAUUUCUUCGUCUGGAAGUCGAAAGUGAAGAGCGGUUACAGCUUGCUCGAUCAGGGUUUGCGAAUGAUCAAUUUGAAAAAUUGAAAACGAAAGAAAAUAUUCCCACUGCAGCUUGUAUUGUAUCUAAUGAAAAGCAAAGAGCUGAGAAAAAUGGCAAGCAUUUUUUGGACGAAAAGAAGAUAUGUGGUGCGAUUCCACGCGUAGAGGAUCCUGAUAUUUAUCCAAUUUUGAAAAGGAAAAAUAUACGCUUAAGUGAUACAGGAGAAUAUGUGCCUGAAAUAGGUUUAUUAAUAGGAGCUGAUUAUCUUGGCGCAUUAUUGACUGGGAGAAUUGAGCCAUUGAUAAUAAUUGGUAGCUAUUACAACAAAACUGGAUGGACGCUUCAAGGUAAACAAAGAACUACUCAAAAUCUUUGGAAAGUAUUGUAUAUGCUAAUAAUUGGAUUUGACGGAAUUAUGGAGCCUAGAUGUCAUCGGUAUAGAUGUCCUGCAGAAGUAAAGUCAAAGCAGGUAACCGAUGAAGAAACGGUAGAUUUUUUUCGUAAAACUAUUAAAAGAAACGAAGACAAAAGAUAUGAAGUAUGUUUGCCAUGGAAAAGUGGACGUCCAGAAUUAGAAACGAAUAAGGAAUUAGCCACUAAACGGUUAAUGUCAACUACCAAAAAUCUCAUACGAUCUGGACAUUUAAGAGAAUACGAUGAUGUGUUUAAGGAGUGGGUUCGGGAUGGAAUUAUUGAAAUUGUAGACAAAGACGAGAAAAAGGGACACUAUUUACCACACCAUCCUGUGAUAAAAACUGGUGUAACAACAACAAAAAUUCGUCCGGUUUUUGAUGCGUCGACUACAGAUUCCAAAGGAAAUUCCUUGAAUAAUUGUUUAGAAAAGGGGCCAAAUUUAUUAGAAUUGGUACCCAAAUUGAUAAUGCAGUUCCGGAAAAAAGAUAUUGGCAUAACGUCAGACAUCAAAAAAGCAUUUUUACAAAUCAGUUUGAAUCCAGAGGAUAGGGAGUAUUUUAAAUGUCUGUGGUGGAAGGAUUUAUCAAGACGAGAAGAAAUAAUCACUCUCCGACAUUGUAGAGUGGUAUUUGGUGCUUCUCCUAGUCCAUUUUUACUAGAAGCAACUAUAGCUUACCAUCUAGAGACAGCUUCGGAUGAAAGGAAGCACACAUCUUGUCAACUCAAAGAAUCUUUUUAUGUGGACAACUGUAUUACGAGUUUAGUAACUAAAGAAGAGGCAGAAAAAUUUAUUUCUGAAGCUAAGGAGCUGAUGUCUGCAGCACAAUUCGAACUACGAGGCUGGGUUACUUCUGAAAAAAUUGUAGAAGAGACACAUGACAAAUUCAUUUCAAUUCUAGGUCUCUCUUGGGACACUGAAACCGAUGAACUUUUUUGCGGCAGUAUGGUUGAAAUUCCAGAAAAAAGGAUUACUAAAAGAGUUGUGUUAUCGGCUGCCCAAAGAUUAUUUGACCCUAUUGGGAUAACAUGUCCCGUUUCAUUGAUACCAAAAGUAUUGCUUCAAAACAUUUGGAAAAGGAAAAUUAAUUGGGACGACGUACUUCCAAUAGAUAUAUCAAAUAGAUUUUUAGCCUGGGUCAAGAAACUAUCUUUACUGAAAGAAUGUAAGAUUCCACGGAGACUCGUCUCAGGUCCAUUUGAAGACUGCCGAAUAAGUCUACAUUGUUUUUGUGAUGCCAGUGAAGUUUCCUAUGCUGCUUGUAUUUUCUUACGUUCUGAAUUUAAUGAGAAGAUUUCUGUCAAGUUAGUAACGAGUAAGUCAAGAGUGGCACCUACCAAAGAGAUUACAAUUCCUAGAUUAGAACUUUUGGGAGCUUUGAUCUUAUCAAGAUUAUAUGGUCAAGUCGUAGACGGACUGGAAUUGAAAGACAAUACAGUGUAUUUUUGGACUGAUUCAACUGUUGCUUUAACUUGGAUCAAAAGAGAGAGUUCUUGGAAUACGUUUGUAGGAAACAGAGUCACAGAAAUAAGAAAGAAUAGAAAUCCGAAUGACUGGCAUUUUGUGCCAGGGCAUAUGAACCCAGCAGAUUUUCCUUCAAGAGGUUGUGAUGCUAAGAAUUUAUUGAAAAGCGAAUGGUGGGAAGGCCCAGAAUGGUUAUGGAAGUCACAAGAAUUUUGGCCAUUAAGUGAAAAACAAGUCAUUGAUGAAAAUUUGGUUAGAUCGGAAGAGAGAAAAAUGAUAGUUAGUAAUGUGGAGCAUGGAUCAGUUAACUUCACUUGA